AUGAUGUUCACUAGACUGGUCCGAUCGAAAGCAAGACCGAUACUGGCCAACUCAGCCCACGGCCUCGGAGAACAAGGCAUCGCCAGCUCAUCCUCAUCUUUCGCCCCUACCAACUGCCCAGCCCAAUCGAAUCCACUCCGCAUCACUCCUCCCAUUCAUCGAAAAUUCAGCUCAACUCGAGAUGUCAAAUUUCUACCAACGACGGCAAAUCUUGAUCGACAUCCACGGGCCCGACGACUACCAGCGUACGAACCACCGCCGCCGUUCCCGGAGGCGGGAGACACGGCAGCACAACUAGCGUACCGAGAGCCAGCUAUCAGUGUGCCGCCAUUAGAGGAGCCCUUACUGGAUUAUAUGACCGGAUUAUUGAUGCGCCAAGGCAAACGGACGAUCGCCCAGAAGCACGUCAUCAAUUUACUGGCCCAGCUACGAUUGGUGACCGGACAGGAGCCCUUCCCAUUACUCGCAAAGGCUGUCGAACUCGCUGCGCCCAUGGUCGUCACCCGUAACGAACAGAAACGCAUCAAGGUCACUACCGUUCCCGUCCCCCUUAGCGAAACCCAACAGGCCAGAAAAGCUAUCCUUUGGAUCGUCAAACAUAGCGAACGACGACCCGGUAAAAAGUUCGGCGAGCGACUGGCGAUGGAAGUCAUUGCUGUCCUCAAUGGAAACUCAGAAGUCCUCAAACUCAAGGCAGAACAGCACCGAUUAGCAUAUGUCAACCGAGCAAACCUGCGGACAAGAGCCACUCGAGCUUGA